UCUGCACCUUGGCAGACAAGGUAAGUCUCAUAUUUACCAAGAGUCUGGAUUUUUUUACAAAGUUAACAGUAAAUGUACAGGAUGGGGCAAUGCUACAAGUUGUGAAAGCAAGACUUACUAAAAUUUUGAAUAGUGGGCAAUAAUUUUAAAAACUGUGCCAUUAAGAUGAUGGAGAAACAAAAACUUCGAAAUUCACCAGGUGUUACAAUCAUCUGAAGGAUCAUGCUCCUCUUGUUAUCAGCAUGGACGGCAUUGGGUUAACUGAGCUGAAUGCAAACUUUAUUUCGAAUGGACACAGACUAUAACACAAUGUAGGGGAUUUCUUUGCUGAUAUGUUAAGCACAUGUGAAAUAAUUUUGUGUUAUUCAUUUUAUUUAGCACUGAACAUCCAACUUCACAUUUUGAUGAUAUAAACAUCAUGACUUUAGGUCAUUAAAGGACCACUAUAGUGCCAGGAAAACAUACUCGUUUUCCUGGCACUAUAGUUCCCUGAGGGUGCCCCCACCCUCAUGGCCCCCCUCCCGCCCGGCUCUGGAAGGGGAAAAGGGGUUAAAACUUACCUUUUUCCAGCGCUGGGCGGGGAGCUCUCCUCCGUUCCUCCCCGUCGGCUGAAUGCGCAUGUGUGGCAAGAGCUGCGUGCGCAUUCAGCUGGUCACAUAGGAAAGCAUUUACAAUGCUUUCCUAUGGACGCUUGCGUGCUCUCACUGUGAUUUUCAAUGAGACAGCCACUAGAGGAAUUGGGGGAAGACUUAACCCAUUCAUAAACAUAGCAGUUUCUCUGAAACUGCUAUGUUUAUAAAAGAAUGGGUUAAGCCUAGCUGGACCUGGCACCCAGACCACUUCAUUAAGCUGAAGUGGUCUGGGUGCCUAGAGUGGUCCUUUAAAAAUAUUCAUGAUAAAACUGUUUACAGUUUUUUUGUAUUAGAAAAUGUUCAAUAAACACAUUCGUGAAUUUUUUUUUUUUAAAUAUGGUACAUCAGUUUUACCCCUGUAGAUACUUUGAGAUGUUGCACUAUGAAUGUAUACUCUGUAUUCCUGAACUCUUGGAUUAGAUUAAAGCAGGGCUGCCCAUUGUAGAUCCCCAUAUCUUGUAAAACUAUAACUCCCGCGAUGCUUUGCAUGCCUUUAGCAUGCCUUUAGCAUGGCAAAGCAUCAUGGAAGCUGUAGUUUUAAAAUAUCUGGGGAUCUUCUUUUUGGGACCCGUUGCCUUAAAGAGUAUAUUCAACAGUGAGUUGAUGUAAACUGAAAACUGAAUUGCAACAUUCAGACUACAAUGGUAAAGUCGUGACUACAUUUGAGUUGGAGAGUUUGUCCAACUCCCUUAUUUUGUCCUGAAUCUUGUGAUUGGGUCUUCAGUUGAUGGCAAUUCGCAUUCACCGCAUUAACUGUAGGUUUCUUGUGAUUCAUGUCCCAGCAGAAAUCGAGUUAUGGUUGCCCUUGCUGUUAUUUUGCAGUAAAUUGUAAAACCUAGCCAAACAUUUUGUAUAUUUAUUUUGAUGAAUCAUCUUGCCUAUGAGUAAGAUUGUGCCAAAAAUAAAAAUAAUAACAUAAUAAUCCAACAAAUAAUAAUGUAAAGUUUGCAAUAAGUGGUGAAUUUUAACAUUCAAAGUUUUAGUUGCCAGACCAGAUUUUUGUGAAAAAUCAAGGAAAAUAUUGCAAAUGUUGCAAUGGUAACCUAACUAAAAUCUGUAUUUUUGACAUAAAAGGUGCAAUUUGCUAGUGAAUAUUUUACACUUUCUGCAUUAGUUUAAAAAAACAAACAAAAAAAACCCCUCUUUUGUUUAAUGAUAUCUACACAAAAAUACUGAAUGACUUUAGAGCAGGAGUGCCAAAAGGUAAUUCAUCAGAUGUUGUAGAACUAUACUUUGUGUGCCUUUAGAAUGGCAAAUCAUCAUGGAAGCUGUACUUUUAAAACAUCUGGAGAGCUACCUUUUGUGCACCCAUGGUUUAGGUGUCCUUUACAAGAGCUACUUUGACUGUCAGAGUUAUGAUUACGUUUUUUUGUAGCAGAUUCCUCUGUUGGGAUCAUAUAUCCCCUUAUAACCCCAUAUGUGCCCCUCCUCCCCACUUAUGCCUUUCUGCCUCCCAAACAUUUUGACCCACACAUGCCAUUCUGAUCACCUCUUUUUUAUUUCACUUAGUUUUGUCUCUCUAGUGUUUUUCUCUAUCACGUCUCUCCAGCUCCAAUCUGUGUCUUUUCAACCCCUUGUCUGUCUCUCCAGCUUCAACAUACCCCACUGUAUGUUUCUUCAUAUCCCUACCCCCUCCUGUGCCAUCCCAUAAUCUACCCGCCUGGAAUGUAGCAUGACAGGGCUGGACCAAGGCAGAGGUUAUGCAUGCGCCUCUAUCCAGUAACUCAGUGAAGAUCAGUGAGUGCAGCAUGCAGUGUAACAAUAUAAGUGGAUUUAGAGGAGAGAUAUUAUGUCAAGUUAUUUCUCCUCCACUUUAACUCACUGGGCAUUCUGCAUGUUCACGUAUCCAAUGAAAGACCUGGCAAAAGGGCACGUAUAACCUCUGCCGUGGUCCUGCUCCGACACAAUACAGUCAGUCACAGUACAUAGCCAAGAAUGAGUGCUCUGUACUCCCCGUCCCAUCCGACACCCGGAGAGGUCUGCCCCCACUCCCAGAACCCUACUCAUCUCAGGCACUCAUGGAAUUAAUAGGGUUAGUCCCGUUAGUGAAUACGUUUGACAGUGUACAACAGAGUAAAGGAGGAGACUAUAUUUAAAAGAAGAAAAACUACCACAACAAGAGGACAUAGUCUUAAAUUAGAGGGACAAAGGUUUAAAAAUAAUAUCAGGAAGUAUUACUUUACUGAGAGGGUAGUGGAUGCAUGGAAUAGCCUUCCAGCUGAAGUGGUAGAGGUUAACACAGUAAAGGAGUUUAAGCAUGCGUGGGAUAGGCAUAAGGCUAUCCUAACUAUAUGAUAAGGCUAGGGACUAAUGAAAGUAUUUAGAAAAUUGGGCAGACUAGAUGGGCCGAAUGGAUCUUAUCUGCUGUCACAUUCUAUGUUUCUAUACCUAUGGACUUGUGCUCUAAACACUAGCAGCCCUCCAGUUCAAUGCACCACAAGCCCUCAAAUCAAGGUCACUGGACAAAUGAGGCUUUGCCCACAUAUCUCUAUUGUGUUAUCUGAGUUACCAACUUACUGAGUCAUUAUGUGAAUGGAUCACACAAGUGCAUUACAUGUGCCAUAUGUUAUAUUCUCCUUGCAGGAUUGAGGUAUUUCUGCAACAAUGGGAAAAGUUAUUCAUGCCAUUGAAGAGAUCAUCGCAGUUUAUAAAACAUAUGCACAGAAGGACUGCAGCAAAAAUAAGCUGAACAAGGAAGAAUUAAACCAGUUGAUCCAGAAUGAGUUUGCUGAUGUCAUCAAGGUAAGACAAAUAGUGAUAGAGACACACUCAAUAAAGGGAUUUUCUAAGCACCAAAACAACUUUGGCCUAACGACGUAGUUUGGGUAACCCUGCAGUCUCACUGUUCAAGGUUAAUAAUCUAUAAAUAUUACACUGACUUCUGCUAGAUUUUUUUAUUCUGUCCACCGGUGAAACUUUAAUGAAGUACGUAAAAACCAACAAAUGGUCUGUGGCUUUGUUCUUUUGACUUUAUAUUUAUUUAAAAUCCCUUUGUCAGAUUUAAUAAUAUUACAUAGGAAAACCGUGGCAGAUGUUCCAUAACAGAUACUGUUUUGAUUAAUUAAAUAACCGACCACUACAGUAAAAUCUGAUGAAGAAUAACGUAAUAAUAAAAAAAAACAGCCGAGGCUACUAUUAAUAAAUUUGGUGAGAGCAACACUAAAUGGGUUUCUUCAAUCCUUAUUUUAGAAUCCAAAGGAUCCCAAUACCAUCUCGACUUUAAUAAAGAUUCUGGAUGAGAAUAAUGAUGGGGAGGUUGAUUUCAAUGAAUUCUGUGACCUUCUGUGUAAGGUAUUACAAGCCUACUACAAAGUGGUGCAUGCAUCAGAGGACACCUGUCAACAACAAACAGGGGGAACACAAACACCUAGCAAAGAGCCAACUGGGAGCAAACCAGACUCUCCACCUAAAUAUUAUCAACGCCCUCUGUAUCCAAAACAUAACGAGAACACAGAAGAACCACCUAAUUAUGAAGCAACAGAGGUUUCUAAAGAGCCAAUACAAAGUAGUGUGAACAAGCCAAAGGAUGAUACACACAAAUGUGAUGCUGUCGAAACUGUGCAGAGCUAUACACAAACAGAUCCCCGUAGAACUGGACAUGGGUAUGGUAUGAGAGAUUCUUCAAAAUAUGAUCUGCAAAAGGACCAGAAGACAGAGGAGUCAAAAGACCAGAAGACAGAGGACUUGCCUAAGGAAACAAAGCAGAACAGAGAAGAUUCAGACAGGUGGGAGAAACCAAUCAUACAGGGUGAAGGCCAAGAGUCUCAACCAGGCAAAGUUACACCCAAACCUCCAUUGGAGCCACAAUACAAAGACCAGACACCCCAGCCAGACUAUGUAACACCCAGGCCUCCUGUAGAACCACAAAUCAAAGUGGAUCCACCCAAACAAGACUACGUAACACCCAGGCCUUAUGUACAGCCUCAAAGCAAAGAUCAAGUAGCUCAACCAGACUACGUAACCCCCAAUCCUACAAUAGAGCCCCAAAGCAAAGAUCAAGUAGCCCAACCAGACUAUGUAACACCCAAGCCUACUGUAGAGUCCCAAAGCAAAGACCAUGUAGCUCAACCACACUGCAUAACACCCAAGCCUACAGUAGAACCCCAAAGCAAAGAUCAAGUAGCCCAACCAAACUAUGUAACACCCAAGCCUCCUGUAGCUCAACCAGACUACAUAACACCCAAGCCUACAGGAGAACCCCAAAGCAAAGAUCAAGUAGCCCAACCAGACUAUGUAACACCCAAGCCUCCUGUAGAGCCCCAAUGUAAAGAUCAAGUAGCCCAACCAGACUAUGUAACACCCAAGCCUCCUGUAGGGCCCCAAAGCAAAGAUCAAGUAGCCCAACAAUGCAAUGUAACACCCAAGCCUCCUGUAGGGCCCCAAAGCAAAGAUCAAGUAACCCAACCAGACUAUGUAACACCCAAGCCUCCUGUAGAGCCCCAAUGUAAAGAUCAAGUAGCCCAACCAGACUAUGUAACACCCAAGCUUCCAGUAGAGCCCCAAAGUAAAGACCAAGCACCACUACCAGACAAAUAUACAUCUCUGACUGCGAAGGAACAGCACACCAUGGACCAAACACCACAAAUCCCCCAACAAACUCAACAGUGCCAUCAACCUCAACAAUUUUAUCAACAAACCGUGUGCCCACCUCUAAAACCUAAACCCUCAGAUGAACAGGGCAAGCAAUAUCAAGUCUCCUUACAACCACCUUCCUGCAGUCAAAGCAAACAGGAUCCGUCCCAAGAACAAAAACCAGAUCAACAACCACCACAACAACCUCAGCAGCCGCAACGCCAGCAACACGUCUACCAGUACCAAUACCACUAUUCCAGCCAGAAGAAGAACCCUUGAGCAGAUUACAAUACCCUAUCAUUAAUUUAUCAAGCAGGGAGCCAACCUGCGCUAUCUAUAUGCUACCUAUGUGAAGAAAGCCUGCAUUUAAUGUGAUUAUAUCAAUGUAUAAUAAAGAAUUUAUGACUGCA